CGCUCUGCCGUCAGCACCAUGACUCUGCCGCUGCUCUUUGCCCUGCUCUCGCUCGUUGCCGUCGCCUUUGCCGACACCACCGUCGCUGGCGUCAACCCUGUCGAUGCUGCCAACAGCGUCUACUCGCUGACUGUCCAAGCCGGUAUCCUCGGCGGCAUCUGCAUCAUUGCCGGCCUGCUCUUUGUCUUCUUCGGCUACCGUCUCUUCCGCAUCAUCCUCUUCGUUGCCGGCUUCUACGUCCUCGCCACCAUCGGCUUCAUCAUUCUGUCGUACGUCGAGCCUGCUCAGGGAUGGCAGAACCAUGACACCAUCUACUUGGUCGCCUGUAUUGCCUUUGGCAUCGUCGGUGGCCUGCUGGCCGGCUUCCUGGUCAAGCUGGGCCUGGCCUGCAUUGGUGCCAUGGGCGGAUUCCUCCUCGCCAACUUCAUCCUUGCCUGGAAGGAUGGCGGUCUCAUCAGCUCCGGCUGGGGUCGCUCUCUCUUCCUUGCUCUCAUGGUCGUGGCUGGCAUCAUCAUCAUCUUUAUCUUCGAGAAGAUCAUCCUGAUCGUUUCCACCUCUGUCAUUGGAUCCUACUCGGCCCUCUUUGGCCUCGACAUGUUCAUCCAAACUGGCUUUGUCGAGUCUGUCCAGAGCUUCCUUGGCGCCAACCACACGAUCCCCCCUUACCAGUCCAACGGCAAGGUGUACGGCAUGCUUGCAGGCAUGGUUGUCCUCGCGAUUCUCGGCAUCUUUGUCCAGUACCGCACCACCGGCCACAUCUCCCACGACUCGCACAUGGGCCGCAAGCCCAAGAACUGAAUCUAGAACAAAGGGCGUGGUCGAUGCGCUCGCCACAGCAUCAUCAUUUCCCAGCCGAAGCGGAGACACCGCCAACGCUUGCAUGUUCUCGACGUCCGUGCCGCUUUUGCAUUUGAUUGCUUCUGUUGAAACCUUUGAUCGAUUACUCCAGUGCAUUCUAUUCCAUCCACCAACUCCUUGUCCGCUUCUCCUUGUUUCCCUCUCUCCCCACUCACAUAUUUACCUCCAUCCCUUCUUGCAACGCUCACAAAAAUGAAACGGAAUAACCCUACGUUUGUCGCUUCUAUUUUUUCGAAUGGAAUAUAACACAUCCAUCAUCUA